AUGGCAUCCAUCAGCACCUCCAACUCCGCAAACCACUCCUACUCCUACAAGGCCAACACCGCCUCUGGCUCCGCCUCCUCCAACGUCGGCUCUCGACAACUCUACGAAGCCGGCGACCAGCGCAACGAUUCUCAGUCUGAGAUUCGGGAGCGACAGCGAUACAAGGAGGGUAAACCGGGGAGUCAUUUGACCAACGACUCCAAGGAUGAUCGAUCAAUCGUCAACCGUCUGGCGCGGGAAGAGCAGCGAUCGACGAAGAAUGAGAAGCCGUAUGACUCUGAGGCAGAGUUGAGUAAGAAGGAUCCUACUGCGCCGGCCAAGCUUCAUGGCAACAUGCCCUCAAAAGGCGCACAGAUCGACACUGAACUCCAGGCGGAGGACGAGCAGAGACUUCGAGAGAAGAGCGGUAAAUAA